GAGAAAUGGAUGAUGAUGAUGAUGACAUUCCCCAGCUUUCAUCCCAUACAUUGGCUGCCCUCCAGGAUUUCUAUUUGGAACAGCAGCAGAGAGAGGGCAUGAAGACCUCCCAGGGAUUUAAUCAAUAUUCCGUUGGCUCAAUAGAAGAAGAUUGGCAACUGAGCCAGUUCUGGUACAGCGAUGAAACCGCGUCGUGCCUGGCUAACGAAGCGGUCCUGGCAGCGGGGAAAGGUGGCAGGAUCGCAUGUGUUAGUGCACCAAGUGUGUACCAGAAACUGAAAGAACGGGAUGGUGAAGAUUUUUCAGUGUGUUUACUAGAGUAUGACAGAAGGUUUUCUGUGUAUGGAGAAGAAUUUAUCUUCUAUGAUUACAACUACCCUUUGAACUUACCUGAAAAGCUCCUGCCACACAGUUUUGACAUCGUAGUAGCAGAUCCACCUUAUCUGUCUGAGGAAUGUCUUCAAAAAACUGCAGAGACCAUCAAAUACUUAACAAAAGGAAAGAUUCUGCUUUGCACAGGUGCCAUCAUGGAGGAACAGGCAGUAAGGCAUCUCGGUGUGAAGAUAUGCAAGUUUAUUCCAAAACACUCACGAAAUUUAGCCAAUGAAUUCCGAUGUUAUGUGAACUAUGCUUCUGGACUGGACUGAUUCUCAUAAGAGCUACAAGUUUUUUGUCAAGCUCCUGUUUUUCUACCAGUGACUCCACAGGUCUGUGCUGAAAUACUCAGCUCCAAGUGCUGUUUUCUGGGUUAGCUUGAAUCGACAUAGUGUGAGAGCCU